UCACGCUGCUGCCAGGUCCACAGUGUCUCAUGGGUCCCUGUACGGCCUCCCAUUGCUGCUGUCUCCAUCGCCACACUCUGCCAUGUGCCACUUUCAGGUCUCCUCACACUGCUGCUGGGUUCCAUUUUGUCAUAGGAUGCUGGCAGAUUACGGGCCUCCCAUUGCUGCUGCCAGGCCCCUAAUCUGCCAUGGGCCCCUGUACCGCCUCCUCAUGCUGCUGCCAGGUCCACAGUGUGUCAUGGGUCCAUGUACGGCCUCCCAUUGCUGCUGUCUCCAUCGCCACACUCUGCCAUGUGCC